CAGCAUUGUAUCGAAUUUUCGAACUGUGGUACAGUGGUCCGCUGUCUGCCAUAUUCUGUAGUGACUGAAUGUUUGUGAGCGUGAGGAUAGUGUGCACAUAACCAGCCAAAAUGUCGGGGAACACGGGGAUGGAACAGCUCAUCCCCAUUGUGAACAAAUUACAAGAUGCUUUCACACAAUUGGGCGUCCAUAUGCAACUGGAUCUGCCUCAAAUUGCCGUAGUUGGUGGUCAAUCAGCUGGCAAGUCCUCCGUCCUGGAGAAUUUCGUCGGACGGGAUUUUCUACCCCGUGGUUCAGGCAUUGUGACCAGACGACCCCUCAUCUUACAGCUCAUUAACCAUCCACAUGAAUAUGGCGAGUUCCUACACAAGAAGGGGGAGAAAUUCAGCAACUUCGAUGAGAUCAGGAAGGAGAUUGAGGCGGACACGGAUCGCAUCACGGGUCAAAAUAAAGGAAUCUCCCCCGUCCCCAUCAACCUAAGAGUCUACUCCCCUAAUGUGCUAAACUUGACGCUUAUUGACUUGCCGGGUUUGACGAAAGUGCCCUUGGGUGAUCAGCCACCAGACAUCGAGCAACAGAUCCGCAACAUGAUCAUGACCUACAUUACCAAAGACAGUUGUCUGAUCUUGGCUGUAUCACCUGCCAACUCAGAUUUAGCCAACAGUGAUGCUCUUAAAUUAUCCAAAGAUGCUGAUCCUGAUGGUAUCCGAACUAUUGGUGUCAUCACAAAGCUAGACUUGAUGGACGACGGAACAGAUGCUCGGGAUGUUUUAGAAAACAAACUCCUCCCCCUACGGAGAGGCUACGUGGGCGUUGUUAAUAGAUCUCAGAAGGAUAUUGAUGGAAGGAAGGACAUUAAGGCUGCAAUGGCAGCUGAAAGAAAAUUUUUCCUGGGUCACCCAUCCUACCGUCACGUUGCUGACCGCAUGGGAACCCCGUACCUGCAGCGUGUUCUCAACCAGCAGCUCACCAACCACAUUAGAGAAACUUUACCAAGUCUUCGUGAUAAACUCCAGAAACAGUUAUUGACAAUGGAAAAAGAGGUGGAUCAAUACAAAAAUUUUCGCCCAGACGAUCCAUCCAUCAAAACAAAAGCCAUGUUACAGAUGAUUCAACAGCUUCAAAAUGACUUUGAGCGAGCUAUUGAAGGAUCCGGCUCAACCCUAAUCAACACCAACGAGCUUUCAGGAGGUGCCAAGAUCAAUCGCCUUUUUCAUGAGCGUUUCCCGUAUGAGAUUGUUCGCAUGGAAUUUGAUGAGAAAGAACUCCGCAGAGAAAUUGCUUUUGCCAUCAGAAAUAUUCAUGGUAUUCGAGUGGGCUUGUUUACUCCUGACAUGGCAUUUGAUGCCAUUGUUAAAGGACAGAUUGCUCGACUGAAGGAACCAAGCAUUAAGUGCGUUGACCUUGUUGUUCAGGAACUCACAAAUGUUUUCCGAAACUGCGCCCUUAAGAUGUCACGGUACCCAAGACUUCAGGAAGAAACAGAACGCAUCAUCACUACACAUAUCAGAGAACGGGAGCAGAUAGUUAAAGAAAAUAUUCUCCUACUGAACGAGUGUGAAUUAGCCUACAUGAACACCAACCAUGAAGACUUUAUUGGAUUUGCCAAUGGUCACAGAGCUAACUUCGAGACUUCUUUGUUUAUGCAAUGCUCCAGAGGGUCAAAUAUACCAGAGGCAAAUCAAACUGCCCAGCAGUCAAGUGAGAACCCCAGUAAGUCCGGUCGCAAGCUGGGGAACCAGGUGAUCCGCAAGGGUUUCAUGUCCAUCUCCAACCUGGGCUUCAUGAAGGGCGGCUCACGCGAUUACUGGUUUGUCCUAACAUCUGAGUCACUCUCUUGGUUCAAGGAUGAGGAGGAGAGAGACAAGAAGUACAUGUUAAUGCUGGACGGCCUCAAGAUCAAGGACAUAGAGCAGGGCUUCAUGUCCCGCCGUCAUGUGUUCGCUCUCUACAACCCAGACCUGAAGAAUGUCUACAAGGACUACAAGGAGCUACAGUUGGGUGUAGAGACUCAGGAUGACAUGGACUCCUGGAAGGCAUCAUUCCUACGUGCUGGCGUCUACCCAGAGAAAGUUUCUGACUCUAGCAAUGGGGAAGAGGGCCCCAGUGAAUGCUCCACAUCCAUGGACCCUCAGCUUGAACGGCAAGUGGAGACAAUUCGCAACUUAGUUGAUUCCUACAUGAAGAUUGUCACUAAGACUACACGAGAUUUAGUACCAAAGGUUGUCAUGAAUUUGAUGAUCAACAACACCAAAGACUUCAUCAUGGGAGAACUGCUUGCCCAUCUUUAUGCUUCUGGUGACCAGAAUUCAAUGAUGGAAGAAAGUCCAGAGGAAGCACGCAAGCGAGAGGAGAUGCUGCGCAUGUACCACGCAUGUAAAGAAGCUCUUAAGAUUAUAGGAGAUGUAUCCAUGGCAACGGUGUCUACUCCAAUGCCACCUCCAGUCAAGGAUGAUUGGCUCUCAACUGGUCAAGAAAGUCCAAGUUCCCCCUGUCCUCCACGACUCUCAGAUGAAGGGUCCAGGUUUGGCUUCACCCACACAUCCUCUUCAUCCACAUUAGCAUCAUGCAGCGAGAAUUUUUGCCUCUCAUUCUGGCAGCCAACCAGGAUUGGCCAUAGUGGCCCCCCGUCUCCUGGUGGAAACAUGAGACGAGCUCCUCCACCAGCAGUGUCUCGAGCACCACCUCCAGUACCCAUUGGGGGACGGCCUGCUCCAGCCAUUCCCUCUCGCCCGACUCCAGCCCCACCAGGUCGUCAGGGUAAUUCAGGGGCGCUUCCACCACCUCUUAUUCCAUCGCGUCCAGUGCCCAUUGUGCCUCCAAGACAACCAGACCGGCCUCACAUCCCCCAGCGACCCCACUAAAUAUUACAAAACAAAACAGAGAUGCAAUGUUCUCUCUCAGAUUACAGAUGGGUGCUGAAUUCUUUACAGUCUCCUGCUAGGUAUUAGUGUUAUUAUUGAAUAUUUAAUAGUCAGUGGAGUGCCGUGUACAUUCUUACUUCAUCCCAGGAGCAAAGAUUAGGUUCACGAGAGUAAGACCUGUUUUGUUCACCAAUGACGAUUUGUCACCUAUUGUGGUAAAUUAACUAUGGCAUGCUAUUUUAUUUAUGAGAGUAUAGAGAUAUAUUAAAGUUUAUCAUAAACAUCUCUUAACUAGAUUUGUUUACGCAUCAUUCAGGUGAAUUUAUUUGAAAGUUUUAUAUAGUCAUUGCACAUUGAUAUAGGAUAUAAAUAUAAAGAACCUUGAAUGAUGUACACUUACCUGCUUUUGAAUCAAAAGUUUAAUGCAAACCCCAACACCUUGUUUAAAUUAUUAAUUAUCUUGAGUCUUUUUUAAAUUACUGUAGAGUUAUUUCUGUUAGUCACUGUUACUGCCAAAUAGAAUAAUAAGUCUGUGAUACUGUCCUCACAUAUUGGAUGCUUAAUUUAUAUACUGUAUAGGAUGUCCAUAAAUUGUCUGGCCUCAAAAUAACCUACAAGUACCUGAAGGCAGCUCUCCAUGCUGCACUAUCGUGCAGUCUCUCUUGUCAGGUUCCUAACUCUGUCAUUUUUUACAACCUCUCCCCUAUAUCAUUCUUGGCUGAUCCCAGGUUCUCCUCCCCUCCACAUAUUGGCUCAUGCACUUCUUGACCCAAUUGGUCUUUCAUUCACUCCACUUGUCCAAACUGUGUCAACCUGCCUCAACACAGAACUUUGCCAAUAUAGUACAGUACUCUUAAUACCCAGCCCCUCUCUUAGCUCUGAACAGGGCCUCCUGACUUUCAUUUUCACAUUAUACAUAAACCUGAUCAUUCUCAUUUUAGCUCACUCAGGUCUGCUUAUGUCAUCCUCUUUAACUGCCCAUGUUUCACUGCCAUACAACAUCACACUUCUCACACCUGCUGCAUACGUUCUUCCUUUCAUGCAGAGGGAAGGUCCUCGUGUUGUUAAUAAAGGCAACAACUCUCUAAACUUCAUGCAGACACUUCUGACUCUUGCAAUUGAGCAGGCUUCAAACACUCCCACUGGCACUGGUCAUAUCAUCUAGGUAACAGUAUUCAUUGAGCCAGUCCAGGGACAUUCCCCUACUUUCACUAUUUAUUCUCAGAGGUUUUUGGGUCCUCAUAAUGCCAUAACCAUUCAAACAAUGUACUCCUUGACUCUUGGCGAUCUCAUUGCCCAUUUUAGUAUUUCACUUGCUACUCUGUCAAAUGCCUUUUCAAUUAUGAAGUACAACUUUCUUUCCUUCCCUAAAUAUUUUACUUGUAUUUGCCUGGCCAUAAAUAUUGAAUGUGUUGUCCCCCUAUCUGGCAUAAAUGCAAAUUGCAUUUGUUUAUGUUCACUCUCUCCAUUAUCAAUUUCUCCAUACUUUCAUAACCUGAUCUAGCAGCUUCAUGCUCCUGUAGUGCGCCCACACUAAAGUGCAUCACCUGUACUCUUGUAAGCACUCAUGAUCACAUUCUUCCUCCAGUCAUCUGGAACAGGCAAGUAUAAUAUAACCAGUGUGUUCUAUCGAUAAUGUUUUUGUAGUACCUAAUUUUUAAAAUGGAUCAGAUAAUUUAUGGACACCCUGUAUGUAUAUAAUAGAUUAAAUUGGGUAAAUUACAGAGAAAUUUAAUAAAAAUUGACAUGUUCUAUAGCACAAACUAAAAUUGGUAUCAACACGUUGGCUGUGGUGGUAGUGCACAUGUAGAAAGGUUUCAGCUGGUGGGGAGGAAAGGAGUCGCACUAAACAACAUACGAGGGAUCCACUCAUGCUCGAGUCUUAAAAUAUACUGAACUAGUGUCUUGCCAGUUUUGUAAUGAAUAUAAUAAGUCCCCUCACAGCAAGUUUACUGGGCACUUGUUGCUAAUGAUGUUAUCUCAGGUGAAAACAUUUAGUUGAGAUGUUGCCUUUGGAAUUAUUGGGGGAAUUGGAACUUAGGUCUUGUUGUUCUUGGCUGGGAAUAAAUGUUAAUAUUUUUAAAAGUGGAGGGGGGAAAACAGAAAAAUUGGGACCUUAAGUCAAAAACGUGUGCUUGAGGAUGAAUGUAAAACUGGUCUUUCAUUUUAAAUGUAUUAAAAACUCUUCAUUUGCUGUGGUUUGAAGACCUUGAAAAUAAACCUGAACUUGGAAAUUGAAAUUGCCUAUAGUGUAAGAACCAAGUGAAAUGUGUUUCCAUCUUUUCAUGUGGGUUUAAUUUGUAUACUUGAUUUUUAUGUAGCUGUAAGUUCAAUGAGAGGAAUAAUAAUUUACAGGGCUCUAAAUGUUUCAUCUUAAGAGGUACUUGGGGGUGAUCAGGAGGUGCUUCUCAAGAACAGGUGAUGGUCUGGGACCUAAGAUUUAGUAUUUCACCCGAUAACAGAGACAAGUUGAAGCAGGUAAUGUUAAAUUUUGAAAAUCAUGGAGUUGUACUGUGACAAAUAAGUCCUUCAUAGCACCAUAGGAUUUAACUUGGCUUCCUGGGUUGUGAAUGUGACCGAAAUAAACCAUGUUUUGUUGGACAAGGGGUGGUUAAUUGGUGUCUAGGGUAUUUGAGUGUGUUAAACAUGUGAUUGGCAAUUUUUUUGUUUCUUUACACAGUGAUUAGGAAAGUGCUCUUCUAUGUUUAGUUGAUGUAAAUAUCUUUUUGUGAUUUGUAAAUCUACUUUUCCUACAAAUAUUUGAAUUCAUAUAAAAUAAAAGAUGUCUAUGUGUUUGUACAUGUUAGAAUAUUUUUAAUGAUUGUAAAUAUGUACAUUAAGAAGUUACCAAGUGUCUGAGGUAGAUUUAAGUAUUUUUAUAUAGAUUUUGUAGGGUGAAGCUAGUCAAGCUUGCCUAUGGAAAAUAGUUUAUUUUAACUGCGAGGAAAUCUGUUUUUGGAUAUUCUCUUCUUUAAGUUAACAUAGGCCAUAAAUUUAUAUUCUGGUAUUUCUACUUUAUAUUACUGUCUCCAAAGCAAAAGACCUAAUUUACAGUGCUCAACUUAAUUUCAUUUGCUUGUGUAGAAUUUGGGCAGAUAUUUUACAGUGUGUUUCUUUGUACAGUAUAUGUCUUGAGUGUUUGUUUCAUAAUAAGUGUGUGUUAUUUUGGAAGGUCCGAUAUUAUCACUGUGAUGGGUAUUUGUCUUGAGGUUCACCUCCAGUAGUUUGCAAGAGUUAAGUGUAGUGUAAGAAAGUUGAGGUCGUUAGCAAGUAUGUGUGGGUAUUUCUUUUUGUUAUCUUAGCACUUUCCUAUCACUUUCUACUCUUAUUUUGUUCUGUUCUCCUCUGUCAUUCUCCCUUAUCAUUCCCCACAUUCAUUGAAGUUUGUGUACUCCUUGACCCACCACCACAUGAGAUAAGAGUAGAGUCAUUAGAAGUUUGUAAGAACUUUGAUGUAUUGGACUAAUUAGAGGGAAUGACUGUCCGAUAAAGCCAAUUUCCGAUGUUUCAAGCGUGUCCAAUAUAGCAACGCUCUACUGUAUCAUAUUAUUGUUGUAUGUUUUCAUUGCCAUUCAGUUUUGGUCAGCAUCCUAAGAAUUUCUUAAUGGAUUUACUCUCCACUUAGAGGCAUAAAAGUACUGUACUGGAAUAGGCAGUGUUCAAUUUUACAUUUCAGUUGACUGUUUUUCAAAAUUCUAGUUUCAGAGUCUUACUGUGCAUGCAUGGUAUGUCAGCAUCACUAGAGCAGGUUUGUUUUAACAUGACACACAUAUCUGGUGAUACUUUGUGUUAUGAUUUGGGGACUGAACUUCCAUAAUAAUUUCUACUUUGACAAAUGUUCUACAUGAUAUGACGUUCUCUCCUGGUUUUAUUGUAGAUGUUAUACUUCAGCACCACCUCCAGUGAUUCACUUCAAGUGAGAUGAGUUUUGGAAUAGAUUCAUUGACAUCAUUUACUUACUUGGUUGAUGUUGGUAAUUCUGGACAAUCUAACAUGCUCUCUUCAGACAAAAUUCCCUGGACAUCAUUUACUAGACUCUCAUGUUGGUAAGGGAUUGGAAUUUUAACACCAAUUUACUCAUAAUUUUCAUUGUGCAGUUUUAUACGAUGUAUUUUAUUAUACUGUAACAUGAUUAAUUAUAAAAGGCAAAGAUGGUCAACUACAGAUCAAUCAUGUGUAUGACCCAGAUAUUACUGAGUGUAGAGAGAAUUUUGGUUACUACUGUGGAGGGUAAGACUGUUCACAUGAUGGUGGAAGUGUUUAUGUAUGAGACAGUUGGUAGGGGAAGAUCACAGCCCAGCUUGGCACCCAACAGUGAAUAUUACUACUUAACCUUAAAGGAUGACGGUUAGCCCUACAAGAUUGUCAGUUCAAUACAUGAUAGUUUAACACUUAAUUUGAUGGUUUAGUAACACAAGGAUGAUGGUUUAUUUUGAGUAUUUAAUCAUCAAUGUAUACUCUUUGACACUGUAAUUACCUUUUAGAUGUUCAAAUGCAAGGUAACUGCUUCACCUAAACAAUUGUUCAAUGUCUUUAAUAAGGCAUCUGAUGAAGAUUUGUUAGUGACACAGUUAUGGUGUGUGACAGAAUCCUGUGUUAUACUGUACAGUGAUUCAAGAGCAGGAAGAACAUAUUAGCAGCAUCCAAGGUGUGGUGCAUCAUGUCAGAUUUAUUAAUGGCAUUGGUUGCGUGUAUUAAAGUGUAUGUCUUUGUGAGAGAGAAAACUAUUGUAUUUCCACGCUAACCUGACCCAUAAGCCACACCCCUCUUCUAUAAAAAUAGAUGAUUAGCUCAAAGAAAAUGUUUUUGUAGCUGUCCAUUUAUUCAUACUAAAUAUGUUCACAAUUGGUAAGCAGACCUGUUAUCUCUAAACUAAUGUUAAAUAACUGGACUAUCAAAAUGCAACUGAUUUCAAGACAUUAGCACUUUGGAGAGGAUGUUGUACCAAACAUAAAGCAAACAAACAAAUGGUACCAAACAUAGCAUGUUCUUGAAUAAUGUCUCUCUACACGAGCUUCAGGCAUGUUGACUGAAUACGGACCAUAGUAUCUAGGAAUAAUCCAAGAAGACCUGAUAACUUACCACCUACACUAGCUAACGAUAAUACUGGACUCGAUAUGUUAAUAAAUUACCAUGAAGGUUUCUAAUUACUACUGGUUAGACUGUGGUAAAUGAAGUAAAGAAAGUUGCCCAUAAUUUCAACCUGUCUGGGGAUUAAACCUGGGACCACUCACUUACGAGGUGAGCGUGCGAACUAUACACCACAGGUUUCAAAUACAGUAUCAUGCCAACACCUGAUAUGUUCCAUUAAGUAGAUAUGUCAAAUACUCUAAUGAUCAAGUGGUGAUGUACAAAUGAUGAGAGGAGCUGGCAGUAGGGGACAGGAAAGUCUCAUCAAGUCUUCAAUGGUAGCAUCUGUGUAUAGUGUAAUGCAACGCAACAAAUAUGUUACCUUACCUUAACUCUUAACCUCCUUGCUUUUAUUUAUACAGUAUUCAUUCAGUUCUGUAGGUUUUCCAAACAUUUCAUAUUGUCUGCAUCUGUUAUAGUGACACCCUCAGUAAUAAUGCAUUGCCUCUUUCAUCCAACAUUACCAUUAACUGCUCUCACCCUCCUGUACUGAACAGCCUCAAAAAAACUUAGGGUAGCCUCAAUAAUCAUUAUUUUUAAAAAAUUCACCUUUACUGUAGUUAUAGUUCACAAAGUGUCGCAAAAGAGAUAGCAAACAAUUAUUGGGACAUAUUUUGCUUGCCUGAUUAUCACAAUCCUCCAUAAUUGUGAUUUGUACAUUAAGAGAUGAAAUAGUUGCCCAGUACAGUACUGUACUGUACCUCUUUGUAAGAUAUAAAUCUCACAUUGGGAAGAGUUACUCCUCCGAUAAAUAUUGGAUGUAAAGAUUCAUAUGGAAAAGAUGCGAGUUGUGGUAUUGAUUAACACAGUUGGGGAAACUUGAAUUUUGAAGGACUAUCAUUGACUAGGAUAUCUUGUUUAGAUGUUUUAUUUCCCUCAAGGAUUUAGUGUUUAGUUGUCUGUCUUCAUUGUUUGGGUAGAACUUACAAUGCAAGAAAUGUCAGAUUAAUGUGAGUGAUGCUCCCCUUUUGUAGUUGUGGACCUUAAUUGCACAGGUAUUAUUGGCAUUAUUUCAUACCAUUCAUAGGGAUGUAUUUUUAUGGGGUACAGUAUGAGCAGCCUACGAGAUUAUGUCAAGAACUAACAGAGGGCACAAGACAUUAUGAUACUGUAUAAUGGUCAGAGGAAGAAGCGAUAGUGGAGGCUGUGGUGAUUAGAUCUGUUGAAGGAAUAGAUGUAAUGGUAUAAAAACUUAGGCUAGAAUGAGAAAAGUGGCACAUUAAGGAAUGUAAUGUGGAUGUACAGAACAUCUGACUUUUCCAUUCAAGGAAAUGUGAAAAUAUUUUAAAAUAACUUUACAUAUCCCGAUUUUUUUUUUUAUCUAAUUUAAUGCCUUAUCGUGCAUACUCGUGAUAAAAUUUUUCCUCUAUUCAGAAACUAAAAGAUCAGGUUGUGAAUAAAAAUAAGGAAUUUUUAAUAGGAAAGAGGAUGUUAAAGUACACUUUAUUUGCUAGUAUAACUCCUCCCCGACUUACGGUGGGGUUAGGGACCCAAAUCCAGGUCGUAAGUCAAAAAUGCUUAAUUAAUACAUAGAAAAUCUAAAAUGGGUGUCUUAUUUUCUUCUCAGCACCACAAAACUCUCACUUUUAAGCAUGCCAGCCAUUUUAAAGUGAAUUACAAACAAAAAUUUUGUAUGCGUACUGGUGUUGGGACUCACUUUACACUUGUUUUACACUUCACUUCUCUCUCCAGUUAUUUCUCCCCUUUUCUUUGAAGACUUUAUGUCCCUUGGUCCACCCCACACAUGCUGGUAGGUAAGUAAAGAUAAUAAAAAGGAUAAGUGGAAAGAAUAACUGAUUGUAAGUUAAUGUACUAUUGCAGGUAAGUUUAUUUAUACAUCUGGUGUGUGUGUGCGUGUGUGUGCGAGAAGAUAGUACGAUAGGAAAGUCGAGAGGUCAUUAUAACACACAUUUUUGAGAGAUAAUACAGGUAUCAAGAUAUGCUAAAAAACCUCAAGUAUUUAAGAAGUAUAGUUUAUGAUAUAUCUAAACAAAUCAAAAAAAUUUUCUCCCAAGAUUUUAAGUUUGACAUUUAUAUUAACAUUCCAUUGUGUUUUGUCACUAGGCAACCUUGGUAUCAUUCCAUAAACUUGCCAGCCAUUAAUCUCUUCCUCACUGUGUCUCAUGAUGCAAUUUCGUACCUAUGUAAUUUAGUUGUAUGUUUAUUUUUUAAAUUAAUUAAUUAAUUGUGUAACUUCAAGAUUGACAGAUUUUUGGAAAUAUGACACUGGAGUGUUGUUAGAUCUCGGUACAGUAUAACGUGUGCUGCUGCGUCAGGACUUCUGUAAACACAUCUCACUUUUUACCCCCAUUACUGAAUAUUGUAGGGAUAUAUUGUAUCUAGAUAAUGUAUAUGCCCUUAUUGAUCAGUGGUGCUGUGUAUUACAGAAUGUUCUCCCUCCAGUCAUUUGUAUUCAUUGGAUUGUUAUUGAAGAUGAAAAUAAUUUAAUUCAGCUGUUGUUUGAAAAAAAAAAGGGAUGAAUUACUGUACCACCACAUAAAUUAGAUUCUCAUUGUUAGUCAUCUUCUAGACAGUUUGUCUCUUUCUUUUUAUUGUGAACUGUAUGACAGAAUGAAAUUGAAUAAAUAUGUCCAUAA